AUGGCAAUGUUUCGCAGCCGGAAUAAUUCUCAGAAACUUGAUGAGGAGGUCAUCCGUCAUUUUCAGCAAACCUUUCCCUAUGUUGGUCAACGCCCAGACAGCAAAUGUGCCCCUGAAUCAGGGACUUCCAAUACGAGGGUAGGCGAUCCCGCGAUUCUUUCGGGAGUGGAGGUUGAUAUGGUGGAUUCUGAAUAUAAAUCGAAUUCGGACGACGAUAUGAAGCUCUGCAGUAACUGGACGACUCCUCAAGAUUCACCACAUUUAAGUUUUCCGUCUCCAUCGAUGGACCUUGGGCCGAUGUUCACGAUGCCCGCUAGCCAACACUUUGGCGUUAACACGCCUAGCUCUUGUAAACUUCGCGCGGUUCUUCACAACCAGGCUGGUGAUUUGCAUACACCAACAGUGGGAGUGAAUAUAAUCACCCCUCUGCCACUUUCGAAUGUGACCCCAGUUGCCCUGCACAAUUUUCGUGGUAAUGACUUUGAACAAUGUGACCUGCCGUUAUUUGGUGAACGCCUCCCCGAUUUGAAUCCGGAUCUUCAUCAGACUGCAUAUGCGCCAAGCUCAUUUAUGCACCGCGACUCGGGUAACGCCGCCCAUAGUGAAUACGUCGAGAGCUCCCUACCCGACGAAAUGCAGCUCGCUUUGGCCUCCAAUGCAAUGAGUUCUACGGAUUUCUGUGAUCAAACGAGUACAUCGUGUGCCAAAGACGAGAAUUUCCGUUAUAAUGUUUCACUCCAAGCCCCAACCGCAAUGGUCAAGCAUGCGCGAGAGAAUCCUGAGACUUAUUUGAAUAAAGAACAGCCACUCGACUCCUCCCCCGUCGCCGGCACCCUGCCGAUCCAAUACCGAACGUUCAUUCGAAUCUCUUUUGAAGGGGAAGAGGAAAGGUCAAAUCCCGCAGAGUGUUGGAAAUUAUGGAUUAAAGGUCGGGGCAAGAAUGAGGCGCAUCAUCGUGGCGGUGAGCUGCUAGCAGUCGAAUAUGUGGACCAUAUUCAGGGCGGCGGCGGGGACAACAAAAAUUUCCAGAUUGAAUCACGGCAAAUGUUCUUAGACGGGUUUUGCGUCACGUGGAAUGCCAACCCGUCCGCCAGUUCUUCGGGCUGUUCCAUUUCAGUGCGCUUCAAUUUUCUUUCCACCGAUUUCAGUCUCUCCAAGGGUGUGAAAGGCAUUCCCGUUAGGCUUUGCGUCAAGACAGAGCUCCUGUCUCAUAUGGAUAAUAUAGGCGAUGCGCCCGUGCCGGAACGGUGCUAUUGCAAAGUGAAGCUCUUCCGAGACCAUGGUGCCGAGCGGAAACUGUCCAACGACCUGGUACAUGUUAACAAAACAAUCGAGAAGCUUAAGAAUCAGAUUGCGGAGAUGGAAGGGGGGCCUGGUUCUGCCAAACGGAAACGCGGAAUCACUGUCUCAGAAAUCAUGAUAGACUCCAGCGAUCAUAUGGCUUCGAAGCGUAAGGGUAACUGGAUCAUGAGCCCGCAGGUCGGUGCGCUAGAAAAUAUGCCGUCGAAAGGUAGUCUCCAAAGAAAAUUGGCCAUCAUGCAGGACAUGUUGUCCUCGACACGCUCCGUUAGCGUACUCGACCUACCGGGAAAUGAUGAAGACGAUCCCGAUUUUUACCCAAUUCGGUUACCAAGUAAUGGUGCCUGCAUCAAAGUCGAACCUCAAGGCCGCUAUAACUCAGGCAGUUCAUUCCAAUCUCUCAGUGAUUGCAAAGAACCCCCAAGAUCGCCCCACAUGGAGUCGACUCAAGUCCCCAAACCCUCAAUUGAGGCUGUGGACAUCAACCAGUCCUACCGAGAGCCCUUGGAAUCUCAGCCUAAAGCAAUUGCCUGCUUUUAUAUUCAAUUUGCUGGAGAGGAGCAUCCGCAAAAUUAUUAUCGUGCCAUUUACCUGAAGGAACGAACAGUGCAGGAUCUGAUGGAAAAGAUUUUGGUGAAGCAUCAAAUUGACCUAAUACGCGUUGUUCGUAUCCUACAUAUCAACCAAAACGGCCUCCGUAUUAUGGUGGAUGAUAAUUUUGUGCGUGAGCUACCGGAGGGUCAAGAUAUGGUGGCAGAUAUUUGCGAUGCCACAGGUUCCGAAUGCAACGAUGCCAGCCACGGUGGUUCCCCCCUGGAGAUCAACUUAACAUACUAA